GCGCCGCCAUUGGCGGCUAGGAAUGUCAGUCACGGGGGUCCCGGCCGGAGUUUCCCCACCGACACCCAGGGAUCUUCGAGCAAAGCUGACAGGGAAGAGACCUAUGUGUAAACAACACAGGUCUCUCUCCUGCCAGCAAGGACAUGCUGCUUUGUAUUUCUCUGCGCAGCAGAGAAAUACAAAAUAGCAUGUCUCCCUAGUAAAACACACACACAGCACAUGAUGUAAAACAGCACACAGUUAACCCUUUGAUUGCCCCCAGAUGUUAACCUCUUCCUUCCCAGUGUCAUUAGUACAGUGUCAGUGCUUUUUAUUAGCACUGAUCACUGUAUUAGUGUCAUUGGGAUGUCAGUGGCAGUUAG